CAAUAUAUUAUACACAAUUUAAUAUUGACAUUAGGUUUAUAACAUAGAAGAAUCACUGUCUAUUCGGAAUGGCAUUAGUGAAUGUAAUUUUCGUGAGUUUUGUGUUACUAUUUCUAAAAUCCAUUGCAGGUUUUAAAAUACCUAUUACAAAAUAUGAAGGAGUUCACGAUAUAGUUGAUUGCGCUAGUAAAAUAUUGUUGAAAUACUACACAAGAGGCGGAGAAGUUACCUUUAUUGAUAUGCAUGAUAACAGUAACAUAAAUUAUGGUGUACUUGCUGAAAUGCAUAGAAGAUUACAUGUCUCGAUUAUAUAUCGUACUCUGGAAGCACCACUAUAUAAUGAAAAUGACGGAUACGUUAUAUAUGUUAGAACAGCUCUUGAUUUCGUUGGUCAUUUCAAAUGUCUUACACGAGAAGGUUCGUGGAACCCACAUGCCAGGUUUAUGAUUGUUAUGGAUCUAAAGAAAAUCCAUUUGAAAACAAUUUUCAAAACACUUUUGAAGUAUCAUGUAUUCAAUGUUGUUGUUAUUAAUGGCAUUCAUAACUCUACGUUAUACUCGUAUAAACCCUUCGAUAAUUACGGCUGCGGUAAAAGAUUUGACAGGAUCAUCGAUUAUGGCAAGUGUAAAGAUUCGCUGCAAGUAAACUUAUUCCCAAAUAUACUGGUCUCUGGUAUUCAGAACUGCACUUUGAACGUUGCUGCCCCGCAUUGGCCACCUUAUAUAAUAAACCCGAGCACCAAUAUAUCCAAAAGGUUCGGAAUCGAGCAGUUCGUCUUUGAAAUUAUAAGCAAAAUAGAACAAUUUAAAGUAAAUUACACUUAUACUAAUAACGCUGAAAACUUUACGGUAAUAAAUCAGGAAAUGUCAGCAGUUGGUCCCUUAGAUUUGCUGCAGACGAAUAAAGCUGACGCUAUUUUUGGAGGAAUGAUACUUAUAAAGGAUAGAGCAGACGCGUUCGAUUACAUUUAUUCGCACCUCGCAAACGUAGACGAGAUCAAACUCCUGGUGAAGAAAGCUGGUAUCGUGAAACCGUGGAAGAAUAUUUACUUAGAAUUCCAACCAGUAGUAUGGACGCUAUUAGCUGUAUCAUUCAUUUUAUAUUUCCUGUUUCUGAUAUUAAUUAUACGAGGACAUGACAACACGUCUGUAAUGCUCAAGAUGUGGGAUUCUCUUUUUGCACAUGGGUCUAUUAUUAGGAACAAUCGUGCAGCGAAAUUUGCAUUCAUCAUCUGGGUUUGGUUCGCCUAUCUGGUCAACUCCGUCUACCAAUCUAAUCUGUUCAGCUUGUGCACACAUCCAGCCAAGGACUACCAGAUAUCUAGCGAUCAAGAUCUUGCUGAUUAUCAUCUGAAGCCGUGUGUGAGUAAAGUAAUACAGACGUUAAUGUGGGCAGAGUUGGGUAUGCCAAUGUCGAACUCCACUGACAAUUGUGAGCUGCUGUUACAGAGCAUCAGAACGGUGACCAAAGAAGACAACUUCUACACAAUAACUCUCUAUUCUAUAUAUUCAUACAACAGGCAUAAUUUUGUCGAUAGCUUCGGCGAUUCCCUUCUAUAUGAGUUUCCUACAUUGAACAAAAUUAUGUACGCAAUAUAUUUCUAUAAAGGGUUUCCGUUACUUCACAAGUUUCAUACAUACACUUUGCGAUUGCGAGAGAAUGGACUGAUAGAAAAAGUCGCGAAAGACUUGGAUUACGAAGAAUCGAUAAGACAUUACUACAGUAAAGAUAGCAAGCGUUUUCGGACAGAAGUGCCUUGGUUUAUCUAUUUAUUUGGAACGAGUUUAGCUACUGUCAUAUUUGCCAUAGAAUUAGUUCAGACAAGUCGCAGUUUAACUGGGUCGAUUAUAGUGCCUCUACCAUAAUAGUUUUGUUCAUAAUUAAAUUACAUAUUAUUGUAUCAAUUAAUGCUAAAAUUAAAUCCUGGACGGAUUUUGGUUGGUAAAAAGAACUUGUCCACUGGACAACCGGAGCGGUUGGUAGUACCUAAUAGUGGUAGUAAAACGGGCAAAUGUUAAAAUUUAAGGGUUCUUAUUUCCAUAUUUACCGUAUUAUCAUUAGAAAAUGAUCAAAUAAUUAAUGCCACAAAUAAGUUUUGGGUUGGUUGCGACUCCAUCUUUGUAGCUUCGUUGGUAUGAAAAUGAAACGAUAAUUUAUAAA